UUGCAAUGACAGGUGGACAUGUGACAGUUCUGAUCAAUGGAGAGAGCACAAUGACUUACACAACUUCCAGGCCUGGCCCAUAGGAACCUCUCAUGGGUCCUUUAAUGAGCCCUGGCUGGUGUUCUCAGUGGUGAGAGCAUGGGCUUGUGCACUGAAGGGUCUCGGGUUUGAUUCCCAGACAAGGGCAUGCACCUGGGUUUAGGUUCGAUCCCCAGCCCCAGUUGGAGCAUAUGCAGGCAGCUGCUGCACUGGCUUUUCCGGCAGGGUUCCAUGUUACUGGGGUUGCCAUGGAGACCUUUAGCUAGUGUAGAACCCAACAAAGAGGCCAUCUUAGAAAUGGCUGGAAGCCCUCACGAGGCUUUGUGGAUCACGUUCCCUGUGUAUGUGCAGACCUGGGAAUAUACAUCCCCAGACUGCCUCAUUGGGACUGAAUAUGGUAAGUAGGUGGGGGUGGCCCUAGUUGAGUGGCCCAUGGGGCUCCACACAGUUAUGCUCAAAGCCCAUUGGGAAAAGGCUGCAGGUGACUGCAGCUGCCAGAGUGGCCAGUGGGGCUCAGACCCAGGAGUCACCCAAUGGCCAGCAGCUGCUCUGGCAACCUAUGGGAAGGUGGGAAGGUUGGCCACCAUGUGGGGCUGUUGGGAACCACUGCACCCUGAAAGCAGGAUGGCUUCAGACCUUCUGUUCCCUUCUUUCUUCCUUCCCAUACCCAUCCACACCCCAAACAGCCUUCCAGGUGAAUUCAUGCCUCUUCUGUCUGGAGGGGACCCUAAGAGGCUCACCAUACACCAGCUGGGCCUAUGGCAACACGGGGCUCUACCAUCCCACAACUGUGAGCCCCCCCUGGGACUACACCCCUCCCCAGGCCUCCGAAGAUUCCUAUGGGAGAGGCACCUUCCCAGAGAACUUCAGGACAGAGCGACUGAGUCCGGACCUGUUGGCACUGGGACCUGCAGUGCCUUCCUCCAUCCCUGUCCCCAGCAGUGCCUACGGGCCCCCCGACUUUCCCAGGAGCUUCUUUCCUCCAAUCAGAAGCCCCCCCAGUCCAGCGGUCUAUUCUUCCCCCAACCUUCCUGGAACCCUGCCCCCGUCCACCUGUGCAGGGGCCAGGAAGAAUAGGUACUGCAGAGCGAGAGCCACUCCACAUUGCUGGCUGUGCAAUGCUGAUGGUCAGAUGAUGAAUAGGCGGAACAAGCCCCAAAGGCGCCGGAAGGUCAGCAAGCGGGCAGGUGCCCAGUGCUCCAACUGCCAGACAACCAUCACGGCAGUGUGGCGGCUGAAUGCCAAUAGAGACCCCGUGUGCAAUGCCUGCGGCAUUUACUACAAGCGACACCAGGUGAACCGGCCACUGACCAUGCGGAAGGAUGGUAUCCAGUCUAGAAAACCCAGGGCAUCACAGAAAAAAAAGAAGCCAGUGUCGAGUCUGGCAGGCACAGGACCAGGUGAUGCUCCGGCUGGUGGCUUCAUGGUGGUGGCUGGGGGCAGCGAUGGUGGGAAUUGUGGGGAAGUGGCCUCAGGCUUGACAUUGGGCCCACCUGGUACUGCCCAUCUCUACCAAGGCCCCGGCCCAGAGGUGCUGUCAGGGCCUGUCAGCCACCUCAUGCCUUUCCCCGGGCCCCUGUUGGGUUCAUACACAGGCUCCUUCCCCACAGGCCCCAUGCCUCCCACCACCACCAGCACUGUGGAGGCGCCACUGAGCCCAUGAGGACACAGAGCAUGGCCUCAGAGCAGGGGUAGGGCCCCUCUCCGCGUGGAGCCAGAAGUUUCUACAAC